UGGUACGUACGGUGUCAUCGAUCGAUUAUAAAUAGCUAGCGGUGUCACUAAUAAUAAUAAUACACAAAUACAUAAAUAAGAUUUAAGAGAGAAAUAAAAAAAUAAUUAAGAAGAAGAAGAUGAUCGCAUGGGGAGAUAUUUACAAAGUAGUGGCGGCAAUGGUGCCGCUGUACGUGGCACUGGUAUUGGGGUAUGGGUCGGUGAAAUGGUGGAGGAUGUUCAAGCCUGACCAUUGCGACGCCAUUAACAGAUUUAAUUGCUAUUUUAUAAUACCUUUCUUCACGUUCAGGUUCACAGCCGGAGUGGAUCCCUACCACAUGAACUUUAGGUUCCUGGCCGGAGAUGUGAUAGCGAAAGGGGUGGUGGGUGUAGCACUAGCACUGUGGGCUAACCUAUGCAGAGAAGGGAAGUUGUCGUGGGCAGUGACGUCAUUCUCACUGUCUAGCCUCAACAACACUCUGGUGGUCGGUGUGCCGUUGCUCAAGGCCAUGUACGGUGCUCUAGGUGAGGAUCUGGUCGUGCAAUCCUCCGUCAUCCAGUCCCUACUAUGGUUUCCUACUCUCCUUUUCAUGCUCGAUUUCUGGCGCAUAAACAACAAUGAUGCUGAUGGUGAUAGUGAUGAUCAUCAGCAGCAGCCCGGUCAGACGACGCAUGAGGUGCAGCUUUGUUCCAUUGAAAUAACAGAUGCUAAUUAUAAUAAUACUACUACUAGUACUAGUGCUAAUAAACAUGAAGAUGCUAAUGGUGUUAAUACGAGAAUAUCAUCAUCAUCAUCAUCAUCGUCGUCAUCCAACAAUUUCAGAAUAACAAUCAAGAAAGUUUUGGCAAAACUUGCAAAGAACCCAAAUUUGUAUGCUUGUGCCAUUGGCCUCAUUUGGGCUCUACUAGCUAAAAGGUACGUACCUUACCUACGUAAUAAUAAUAAUAAUAAUAAUAUUCCUUUGAUGUACAUAUAUAUAUUUAUGCAUUCACUAAGAAUAAUUAACUUUUCCGUACGCAUAAUAUAUAAUAGGUGGGAUUUAGAAAUGCCGAGUGUAGUGGAAGGAUCAAUUCUGAUAAUGGCCAAGGCAGGAAGUGGAGUAGCCAUGUUUUCAAUGGGAUUGUUCAUGGCACUGCAAGAGAAGAUGAUAGCAUGUGGGGUAAGGUUGACAGUGUACGGAAUGGUUCUAAGGUUUAUUGGUGGACCAGUUACCACUCUUGUCGGCUGUCUGGCUUUAGGCAUCCGCUCCAGAACCCUUCAUAUUGCUAUUAUCCAGGUCUUUUUUCUCAUCUACUUGAUAUAUUUAUAUACAUACAUGAUGAUGAAAAUGCUAAUCAUCAUCAAUCGCUCGAUGGAUCAGGCAGCUCUACCACAAGCAAUUACGUCCUUUGUGUUUGCUCAAGAGUAUGGCUUGCACGCUACUGUACUCAGCACUGCGGUCAUUUUCGGCACUAUUGUGUCCCUUCCCCUCUUGAUCUCAUACUACGUUGCCUUGGAUGCCUUCCGUUAAUAUUCUCUUCAAAUUAAUUCUGCUCGUCUCUAUCGAAAUAUAUUAACUUAGUAUGUGCCUCUCCUGUACUAGUUUAAUUAAGAAUAUAUAAUCUCUUGGAAUUAAAUUUGUAUUGAUCAUU